AUGGUUGAUCAAAUUGAGUCAUGUUCGCCUAAUACGUUGGUACAAUGUCGAAUAUGUCACGAUGAAGAUGAAGACUUAAACAUGGAUACACCUUGUUCUUGUUCUGGUACAUUGCAGUAUGCUCAUAGAAUAUGUGUGCAAAGAUGGUGCAAUGAGAAAGGUGAUACUACUUGUGAGAUUUGCCAACAGCAAUUUAAAGGCUACACUGCUCCUCAAGCUCCUUUGUUUCACUAUAGGGGCAACUGGGAAAUUCCAAGAGUUGGUUUCAAUAAUCAUCAGUUCAUAGCAUUGUUUCCUGCUAAUCAUGAAUUUCUAGACUUUAAUUUUGAAUAUUCAGCUCCCUCUACAAGGAGCCGCGUGUUCAUUCGCAUUGUUGCCAUCAUUUCAGGAAACAACAUCAGUGAGAAGGCUUAUGAGGAUGGAAGAACAAUGGUGGAGAGUAAGACAGCAGAUCUGAGAUCUCAAAUCAGGCGAAAAGGUGACACAAACCAAGCUUCAAGUAUAAGGAAUCCAUGGCAGCAAUCAGAUCAGACACAGUCUCAUUCUAAUCAUGAAACAUAA